CGUACGUUUCAAGAUCCACCUGAAACUCGCGUUGUUUCUUGGACUCGCUGCCAACAGGUGGGACGCGCUGUAUUUUAUAGCUGCCAAGUAUCGUAUCAUUGAUUGGCAAAAGUUUAUAGUUUGAGUGAUACUGUGAGUGUACCUAUCGGAACUACUAAUGUAAUUUUGAAUUCGGUUUCCAAAAAAGUGUUGUUUUGUAAGUGCUUAUAAUAUUUAAAUUGAAGAAAUAUCUAGCCCGGACACAAAAAAAUUUAAAUACAAAUUUUAUUUCAUUUAUGUUUUUAAGGCACUGAUGCUCAUAAUGGAUAUGCAGACAUCGUCACAUCUAAGCCAUGGGCUCGGUACACUCUCACAUCAACUUCAACACCGAACUAUACACCAGCCGCAGAUUCUUCACAGUACCCAAGAACAAUCACAGAAUACAAACACAGGACAGCAUGAGCACGAUCACCAGCAUUUGCAUCACCAUCACCUAUUACAUCAACAGCAUCAGGCCGUUUCACCGACAUUGCACACUUUGCAAAGCACUCCUCAAGGUGAUAGCCUGAGCAUUGCUAUCAACCCCAAUCAAAAUCAGCAUGAUCAUCAACAUCAUGCCGGAAGUAACGUGUAUACCUCACCACAAAUGGAAGACAAAUCAAAAGCAAACAAGUUUGACGAAUAUUCGAGUAGGAUAUUGGGCAACAUUUCAGACACCACUACGCCGCCAUCUGGUAACAAUUUUUUGUCACAAGCCCAAGGCGUCGAAUGGAUGACAGCUAUGAACGAUGUGCAAAACGGGGCAGACGACUCGCAUAGUUCGCAAGGCAGUAUUUCUGGAGAUGGUCAUGGAGGCGUAAAUCAACUAGGAGGCGUAUUCGUUAACGGGCGCCCACUGCCCGAUGUCGUUCGUCAGCGAAUUGUGGAGCUGGCGCACAAUGGUGUCCGCCCAUGUGACAUAUCACGCCAGUUACGCGUGAGUCAUGGUUGUGUGUCUAAAAUACUAUCAAGAUAUUAUGAGACUGGUAGCUUUAAGGCCGGUGUUAUUGGCGGUUCCAAGCCAAAGGUAGCCACCCCCCCGGUAGUGGAUGCAAUAGCCAACUAUAAGCGCGAAAACCCCACAAUGUUCGCGUGGGAAAUACGGGAUCGGCUGUUGGCAGAAGCUAUUUGCUCUCAGGACAAUGUUCCCAGUGUUUCUUCGAUAAAUCGAAUUGUAAGGAACAAGGCCGCGGAGAAAGCCAAACACGUCCAUCAUCACCAACAGCACCAUGUGCCACAGAGUCUUGGUGGGGGACACAUUGCAACAGAAAGUCUGGAUAGCAGCACAGGGACAAACGGGGAGCAGCCACAGGCACCGAGUGGCGGAACCAGCAGUAGCAGUGCUCACUCCGCUAACAUCAACGCUUCUGCGACGGCGAUUGCGCACGCAUCAAUACCGACGUCAGGAUCUGAUGCUGUCCAAGUCCCGGUCGGCCAAGUUAACGCGACCAGCAAUGAUACCAGCAAUGGAAACAUCAACCCAACGACUGAACAACGAACGACUGGAUAUAGCAUAAAUGGAAUCUUAGGGAUACAGCAUGGACACCAUUCUCACAACAACAAUAACAGCAGUAGCGUCAACAAUAAUAACAAUUCGGAUCCCAAUUGUAAACGCAAAAGAAUCGAAGCUCAUGAUGAGAACCGUGACACAAAUAUACAUUCCGAAGAAGAUGUAAAACGUCAACGUAUGGGGUACAGCAGCGAUCAACUUUACCCAAAUAUUUGGUCAGGAAAAUGGUGUAUUAAGGAUGAGCACAAGCUUCUUGCCGAGCUUGGCAAUUUGACAACAGGUACCGGAAACUGCGCAGCCUCUUACUAUGAGGCUUCAAACGGCUUUUCAACAAACUCCAUAUCAGGAUCUGGUCCGACACCUAGUGGUAGUGAUACUUCUAUGUUGUACGAUAGUAUUGCGACGAUUUCGCAAACUCAAGGCUCACUUUAUACACCGACAAUCGGACCAUCAAUUGGAGGCAGUUCGCUUACACCCUUAGUCCCUAUAAGCAUGCAUGAAAUGAAGCUUAAUGCAAAUUCAGUACAGGAACAGACUAUCGCUCCCUUUUACACAGCUCUUACGUUUGACGGCAACUACUCAACAAUGACCAGCUUGGAAAACGGCUCCGCCCCGUCAGUGGGACCAGGAAUCAUUGCUGUCCAAGAAGACGCUGAUUCGGCCAACCUUUGUCCGAUUAGGAUUCACCAAGACCACUCGGAAAGCAAUAGUAACCGUGUUAAGGAGUCCCAGACCAACAGUGAUGGAUGCAGGAAAGCGGAAAACAAAGAAGCUGAUAAGCACAAUUCCAAUUUGGAAACCAGUGAACAUAUUUCUUUACCGCACCUUAACCAUAUAACCGAAGAGCAGUUGACAAGAGGCAAUAGACGAGCUCCCUUAAACACAAUUACGCACACGUCUUCCCUAAUCCUCCUGCAGUCGAACGGAGGAAACCCUUCACUCAGUGUUAACCCGUCUGACGAUCGAUCAGACGUUGAAUCCAAUCUUCGUAAUAAUGUAGGCCUUUACUCAACAUCCACAGUGCUGCCAAGUUUUAGUCACUACUCCGCAGGUUGUAGCUCGGUUGUGCCCAGCACAGAUUACGCCUAUAACCCCGCCUAUACACAAUAUGGUGGUGCAUAUGGAUCCUAUGGCUACGGAGCUAGCGGCGGCUUGAUAAAUUCAUCCUACUACUACGAGGGCGGGCAAACUCAGUCGGCAUUAACACAAGACCUGCGUUCACCUUUAGCUGCAACACGAGCGAACUCUCUUGCUUCGGCUGCUUCACCUGGAAGUGGAAGUGCGUGCACAAAAUCCGAAUCCUCGGACAUUUUUCUUGUUUAAUUUUAAAAAUGAAUCUUAAGAAAGUGGAUAGUAGCGCCAAUCAAUCAAUCAAUCGGUAGAGCACUAAUACCCCGGAAAGAUUUAGCUUAAUAUGAAUGCCAGUCAUUUUUUGGCUAUGCAGCUAUGAAGUAUAUAAGCAUUCACUAAUUUACACAGAAACACCAAAUUGAACUUUUUCAAAUUUCUAACCAAUUGUACUUUUCCAUAAUAAUUGGGUGCUCCUGAGUAAAAUCCCCAAAUAAACGUAUGUUCCUUUUGCUAAGGGAUCCGCGGUAAAGCUAAUUAAUACGAAAAUCGGAUGUCUGACGGCAUUUUUAUACUGCAGCCCAUAUAAUUGGAGUUACAUCAUUUUUACACCAUCGCACAAUGAAAAAAAGUAUCCGGCUUGAACCAUUAUCCAUGUCUGUGGAAUAUGACGUCAAAGUUGAAAAAUCAGAUUUUUAUACAAUUUCUCCAGUCUUAAAAUGCCUCUAAAAAAUUUAUUUAAUGGAAUAUAUUAUAGUUUCUCUUUGAAUCUACAGUUCUCAGUGUACUGUAAUUUCGGUUUAAAUAUUAUUUAAAGGUAAAAAUAAUUGGGCUAUUUAAAUAAUUAAAAGAAACAUUUUAUCUACUAUUAUUUGUUCUCCAAUUUAAAAA